GAGGUGGAGACACCUCUAAACUCACCAGUCAAAGAAAGCAGGAGCUUCAGGUUUAUCUCAAACAAAACCGUAAUUUUGACCAGCCCCUGAUUGAGCCUCACCCCAUGAAUGACUUCCAGGACCUCUGGCUUUUUGGGACUAAAGGAGAAAAUUAUUUUUAGCACAACUAUUUGGAAACCUCUGAGAACUUGGAUCUCUUUUUCUGUCUGGUACCAAAGCAAGUUUUUCGCUGAAGCUCUCAUGAAAGAUCCUCAGUCUCUUGUGGAUUUAGAAUCCUGGAGCAAGCCACCAACCCAGAGAAAGAGCCAAAGAUGUUUAUCUUGCUCUAUGUUACAAGUUUUGCCAUUUGUGCCGGUGGACAGCCUCGGGGUAAUCAGUUCAAAGGAGAGAGCUACUCCCCAAGAUAUAUCUGUAGCAUCCCUGGCUUACCUGGACCUCCGGGACCCCCUGGAGCGAAUGGUUCCCCGGGGCCCCAUGGUCGGAUCGGCCUUCCAGGACGAGAUGGUAGAGACGGCAGGAAAGGAGAGAAAGGUGAAAAGGGGGCUGCAGGUUUGAGAGGUAAGACUGGACCACUGGGCCUUGCUGGACAGAAGGGGGACCAAGGAGAGACUGGGAAGAAAGGACCCAUUGGACCAGAGGGAGAAAAAGGAGAAGUAGGUCCAGCUGGGCCUCCUGGAGCAAAGGGGGACAGAGGAGAGCAAGGGGAUCCAGGGUUGCCUGGAGUUUGCAGAUGUGGAAGCAUCGUGCUCAAAUCCGCCUUUUCUGUUGGCAUCACAACCAGCUACCCAGAAGAAAGGCUACCGAUUAUAUUUAACAAGGUCCUCUUCAAUGAGGGAGAGCACUACAAUCCUGCAACAGGCAAGUUCAUCUGUGCCUUCCCAGGGAUCUAUUACUUUUCUUAUGAUAUCACAUUGGCGAAUAAGCAUCUGGCAAUCGGGCUGGUGCACAACGGGCAGUACCGGAUAAAGACCUUUGACGCCAACACUGGGAACCAUGAUGUGGCUUCGGGGUCCACGGUCAUCUAUCUGCAGCCAGAAGAUGAAGUCUGGCUGGAGAUCUUCUUCACCGACCAGAACGGCCUCUUCUCAGACCCGGGUUGGGCAGACAGCUUGUUCUCCGGAUUUCUCCUGUAUGUUGACACAGAUUAUCUAGAUUCCAUAUCAGAAGACGACGAGCUGUGAUCAGGACUGCCGUCCUGAAUGUUCCAAGAUUUUUGUGGCAGACACUUUGACUUAAUCUGGGGCCUUGGAAGGUGGAGGAAGCAGCAAUGAGAUCCAAAGAGACUCCCACUCAGAUUCCAAAGCAUUUACAGAAAAUUCUAGCAGAAUCUAUUAAAACAAGAUGAACCACCAAAUGGUUGAAACCACACCAAGAUGAAUUAUAUGAAACAAUAACCCCAGAUAAGAAUCCUCCUGAAAGCAAUGUUCAUAAAUAUUUAAGCGAAUUAAAGACAAUGUUAACAAAUUUCUGUUAAACUCCCUGAGUGAUAAAAUCAGCUGGCAAUGAUAUUGUCUCAUUAAAUCUUCAUAAAAUUACACUUUUGCUUGUUAUUUAAGAGAAUCCUCACACCCCAGAGUCUUUAACAGUUCUCAAAAGUCAAAAACUAAAGGUAAGAGAUACUAAGUGAUUGCAAGUAAGCGAAAGUGAUAACUUGCCUUUUUUUGUUGUUAUGCGUUCCUUCGUGCUCAUAUCUGUAUUCACUCAACAGCUCUUAAAUACGCCUGUGUGAGCCAGACACUGAGGUGCUAGGUCAGAUCUGAUCAUGAGUUUGGACAAAAGCUGUGCCUUCAUUCGGCUGGUGUGUGAGGAGCAUGCUGUCACAAUUCAGGGAGAUGAGCACCUGACCAACAGACUGACUCCAAGCUGGACAUUCAUGGGAGCCGCUCGUCCUAGGGACGGGGCCAGAGAAGGUUUCACACGUGGAAAAACACUAACCGUGCUAAGUUGUGUGUAUUUAAGGAAGUGGGAGGGAUACAAAAGAAACAAGGAAUUCUGCAGCUGCAUUUACCCCAUCCCAUCCUCGAAACACCACUGGCAUUCGCAAUCAGAAAAGGGUGGAAAACCCAGAGAUAAAGGGGACCUGGGAAGGGUAAUGGAAAUGAAGAGAAACAAGUUACUGAGAUCAGCCAAGAGGUCAUUCUCCUAAAUUUGUUUAGCUUGAUGGUUUCCAAGACAAUUAUUAUUCCUCUUAGCUUGCACGUGAAUGAGGACACUACCUUACAUUGGUGGGAAGCAUUAUUUCUCAUGGAUUUCCGAGGUGUUGAAUCCAAAUAAAAGUGAAGUGUAUGUGCACUGAUUUAUAGUGAAACGGUGGCAGUGAACAGGAGGAGGAGGGAAAGAGACCAGAUGUCUGAGCAGAUAACUGUCCCUUCCAAGCCUCAUGGCCCCUGCAGUCCCGCUGUCCCUGGGGGACAUGAUUCCACAUGAUUUUUCAUGAUUUCUACUGACAGUGAUAGGAUUCCCUUACUCUCUUUUUGGUGGCUUCUUUUUUUAAUGUUUAUUUAUUUAUUUUUGAGAGAGAGCAA